AUGGUGUCCCCCAAGGACGUUCGCACUGUGUCUACUGCAGGAACGGUCCUGCACCUCCCAAAUGGCCCGUCAAUACCAGAUGGAGUCGGUGCAUUCACGCCGCCGACGCCAGGCAGCCACGCAUCGUCCAAUCGUGACAUAGAUGUGUUGAAAGCUAAAAUUAAGCAUCUCGAAGAACAGCUUUCUGCUGCAAACCAGCGAGCCUCCUCGUCGAUACCAACAACGCCCCGAUGGGAUAGCAUGACGGAUUCGUCCCAGAUUGCGGGCGGCAUUCAUAUACACCGCGAGGCCCCCCAUGGCUGGACUUGA